AUGGGGAAAGGCAGAAGAAGAGGUGUACCGAAAUCCGCGGUGCAUACAUUGGAGUUCAAGAACUGGUUAUCCGAUGAUGAGGAAGAGAAGCCAAGGACUUUGAUCCCUGCGCCAAAGUGGAAAUGGCUCAAGCCUGGUAUAGUGAAGGGCAGACUUUAUGGCGGAUGUCUUCCUUCUCUGGUUCAGCUUUGCGGGACUAAGUAUCUGCCUGACUAUACAGGUCGAGUUCUGCUUCUUGAACUACCAGAGGGCGACAAGCCAGGGACUCCUUCCUCACUCAAUACUGCUCGGUCUGCGAUGGCUGACUUGCGUAAUUCUGGCAUACUCGAGAAAGUCGCUGGUAUCGUUGUUGGAUGUCCAUAUAUGUAUGACGAGAAGAUGACUGCUGCAUUCGAGAAGAUGCUCAAUAGCCAAUGUCAUGAUCUAGACAUUCCGAUACUGGCAGGCGUUGAUACCGGACAUUCGGAUCCUAUGCUUACCUUGCCUUUAGAUGCAAUGGUGUUGCUUGAUUCGGAAGCUCAAGAAGACGAGCAGUUCGUAAUACUGGAAGAGGUCGUCAAGACAUGA